AUGGCGAAUCAUGGUCAAGCCAGUUUCUGGGCUCAGGCAAAUGCGUUACUCAGAAAGAACUUAACUUUCCAGAGGAAACGCAUAUGGACGAAUGUUAGACUCGUCUUGGUUCCACUUUUUCUUUGCUUGCUUCUCUUAGGGCUGCAAUUAAUGAUUAAUUCUGUGGCGAAUAAAGUCCCGAAGGCGAUUACGUCAUGUGCAAGUGAAGAUUUAUCUCUCAGCAGUAGUGGUUGUCCCAUCCCAAACCCUCCAUUGUUGCCUCCCAUGCUAGAGAUUCCAGAACCACAAUCUCGUGCCGUCAAAUCAAAUUUCUUACCCUACAGUGACCUCCCUGACGUGUCCUGUAGGAAAACAGGAACUUGUCCUGUAACUAUACUUAUUACUGGGAAUAACCAAUCUCUUGGUCAAGCCUUGUCCGGGAAUAUCUUCGGUGGUUCUUUCUCCGUGAAUACCUCCGACCUCUUGCCUAGUUUAGCUUAUAAUGUUUUGGGCUCAGCAGUAUCGGCAGGGGAAAACAAUUAUGACGAUCCAGCAAUUGACCCUGAGUUUCCCAUUUACAAUAUCCAAUCUCAGUGUAGACGUCCAAACGCUACAUGGCCACUCCAGUUCGGAAAAAUCAAGACAAAGGUGAAGUGUGUUCAAGGGUUGUGCCUGUGGAGAAACAGUUCUGCAGAGGUCAAUGAUGAGAUUUUCAAGGGUAUUUGGAGGGGAAAUCCUGAGCGGAUGACUAAUGAGAUUGCUGCAGCAUAUGAUCUCAUGAGUACGGAUACAAAAAACUUGGACGUGACCAUCUGGUAUAAUGCGACAGAAUACGAUUCAAGUGGACCUUUGGUCCGAGUUCCUCGCUUGAUCAGUCUGGUAUCAAAUGCUUAUCUAAAGUUUCUGAAAGGUCCCGGGACAAGGAUAUUAUUCGAGUUUGUCAAAGAAGUUCCUAGACAAGCAAGUAAUAAUAAUGGUCUCCCAGAUUUAGCGUCUAUGUUUGGUCCGCUUUUCUUUACUUGGGUUGUUCUUCUUCUGUUCCCGGUGAUCUUGACAUCAUUGGUGUACGAGAAACAAGAGCGUCUAAGAAUAAUAAUGAAAAUGCACGGCCUAGGCGAUGGUCCCUAUUGGAUGAUUUCGUAUGCAUAUUUUCUUAUAAUAUCCAUAUUGUACGUUGCUUCGCUAGUCAUCUUCGGGUCGGCCAUUGGACUCAAUUACUUCCGGAUCAACGCAUAUAGCGUCCAGUCUGUUUUCUAUUUCAUCUACAUCAAUCUGCAAAUCUCCGUCGCCUUUUUAGCCUCUUCCUUGUUCUCAAAGGUUAAGACUGUCACAGUUGUUGCUUACAUUAUGGUGUUUGGAACUGGGCUCUUGGGAUCGUUUCUCUUCGGAGAACUAAUUGAAAGUCCUUCAUUCCCUGAAUAUGGGAUUCUUGCCUUGGAGUUGUAUCCUGGCUUUGCCUUAUACCGCGGAUUGUAUGAGUUCUCGCAAUCUGCCCUCCGUGGGAACGGGAUGAAGUGGGAGGAUCUCGGCGAAACCGGAAUGGCGAAACUGUUCUACAUCAUGUCAGUGGAAUGGUUUGUGGUUCUCCUUGUAGCCUACUAUAUCGACUAUGUUUCUUCGUCCGGGAAAAGCCUUUUCUUCUUCUUCAAGAAAUCUUCUUCCGUGCCAAGCCCUAGUCCUGUACAGAGUCAAACCUCUGACAACGUCCUCAUUGACAUGGAAAAAUCAGAUGUCACUCACGAGAGGGAGAAAGUUGAGAAAUUGAGGAAAGAAGGAAGCACAGGGCAUGCGAUCGUGUGUGACAACCUGAAGAAGGUGUAUCCAGGUAGAGAUGGUAACCCACCAAAAGUAGCAGUAAGAGGUUUAUAUCUCGACGUGCCUUCAGGAGAAUGUUUCGGCAUGCUUGGACCUAACGGCGCCGGCAAAACAUCUUUCAUUAAUAUGAUGACUGGACUCUUGAAACCGACAUCUGGAACUGCAUUGGUUCAAGGUUUGGACAUAUGCAAGGAUAUGAACAAAGUAUACACCAGCAUGGGCGUAUGUCCGCAGCACGACUUGCUUUGGGAGACGCUAACAGGAAGGGAACAUCUUCUCUUUUAUGGGAGACUUAAGAAUAUCAAGGGCUCUGCUCUAACACAAGCUGUGGAAGAAUCUCUAAAAAGUGUCAGCCUUUUUGAUGGAGGAGUUGCUGACAAGCCUGCCGGAAAAUACAGCGGAGGUAUGAAAAGGAGACUUAGUGUGGCCAUUUCGCUUAUCGGAAAUCCAAAGGUGGUUUACAUGGAUGAGCCUAGCACUGGACUUGAUCCAGCUUCAAGGAAGAACUUGUGGACCGUGAUCGAACGUGCAAAACAAAACACUGCCAUAAUCCUCACAACUCACUCAAUGGAAGAAGCAGAGUUUCUAUGCGACAGGCUGGGGAUAUUUGUAGACGGAGGCUUGCACUGCAUAGGAAACCCAAAAGAGCUUAGAGGAAGGUACGGUGGAUCGUACGUCUUCACGAUGACGACCUCAACGGAACACGAAGAGGAAGUAGAGAGUAUGGUUAAAAAUGUUUCACCAAACGCCAAGAAAGUAUAUCAUCUAGCAGGAACACAGGAAUUCGAGAUCCCUAAGCAAGAAGUCAUGAUUUCUGACGUGUUUUCGUUGGUGGAGAUUGCUAAAAGCCAAUUCACGGUUUUUGCUUGGGGACUCGCCGACACAACUCUCGAAGACGUCUUCUUCAAGGUUGCUUCAACUGCUCAAGUCUUCAAUACCUUGUCUUAA